AUUUUGCAAACAAAUUGUUGAUUAUUUUUGAAUUAGUUCAUAUUUUUGGGUUUGUGAUACCUCGUUGUUGUGGGAUUUGUAGUGAUUAGAUUUUUACCAAUGUUAAUAUAUUGUAUCAACGUGCGUUUGUUGCAUACCAUUUAAAACAUCAGCCUACUUUGUUCGAGUUGACCUGCUAUACCUGUGAUUUUAAAAAGGUCAUCACCACGCGCGCCUUCUUCACCUACCUCCAGCCUUAGCCUGUAUUCAUCACUGCCAACUAUUCCGCCCUACGCGCUUAAUGUCGCUAUGCUAGACGAGAUCCAUGUUAAAUCUGAAGACCGAGCCAGGAAACUGGGUUGCUGGCGUACGUGACGUCACAGCACGAACGUCAUGAGUCAGCCUCAGGACGAGGCCCGAGCGGCUAGGAUACAGAAGUAUAAAGAAGAAAGGAGGAAGCAACUUACGGCGAGAACGGCGACGCUUUUCUCAGAAAAUGUCACGCAAAGGCGCCCGAGAAGAACGGAGCGGACGCCUUUGGAGGAAACGACUGCUAAUCUUAAAUCCUCUUCAGAAUUGAACCUCAACUCUAUUUCUACUUCAGUGCCUAUUAGAACUACACGCACUUCACGCUUAAGAGCUGCCGCCGCCAACCAUUCUGAUUCCUCGCUGCCUCCUAGAAAAUCCACCAGAAGUUCUUCCGUUCAAUCUCUUCUAGAAGAUAAUAAAAACAAAUCGGCCAAGAGCUCGAAAAUAAUAGAUAGAGAUAAAACUAAGUCCACUCUCAACAAAAGGACUAGUAAUCAGAAGGAGAAUCAGAAAGCCAUUCCUGACACGUGCCUUUCUGAAAAGGCAAUUGGUGCUAUUAGAUCGAAACCUAAACAUUCCAGUAAAAAUAUUUUAGAAAAAGACAAACUUAAUUUAUUAGUCAGUAGUCAUAAAGAAAAGAAUGUUAACGAAAACAGCGGUUUGAAGUUAGAGAAGACUCAAAUUGAAAUUAAAGACAUUGAAUCUAAAGAUGGUGAUGUAGAAAGUGAAGAAACCGUAACAAUUGACUUACAUGUCAACGGAGAGGAAAUUUUGAAUGAAGUUUUACUUGAUAAAAGCAUUUCUCCUAGUUUGGAAAAGGAAAAAUUUGAAGAUUUAUUUAAUAGAUCUGUCGUCGAAGAGGAGAAAGUUCAGACGAAACAGCUGAAUAAUAACGAUAAUUAUUUGGAUAUUAAUUUAACCAAUGUGCUCAAUAAUAGUCCCAAAAGUUACAUUCCUAUUAUGAAAGAACCAGCGAUUAAGAAGUUAGACGUUAUUGUGAAACUAGAAGAUAGUGUAGUAGUGCCAAUGGUUAAGGAUGUGGAAGUGGGGGGUUUGUUGGGGGCUGUGUGUGUUGGUAAAGUUGAACGGUUCAGUGAAUUGCUCAGUAAUCUUUGUUCGCCUUGUGAAGCCGACGUUUUAUUUGAAGACAUCUUAGUUGAAAACGGGAUUGACUCUGGCGGUGAAUCGCGGCCGUCGCCAGAAUGCACGGCGCCGUGCCGUCGCGUGCAACCCUCGCCCCGCAUCAGCAGCACGCCGAAGCGUGCGCCGGCGCAAACCGUCGUCUCCAACGAUGCUGGAACUGUCGUGAAAACAAGAAACCGUCGAUCUCUCGAAGCACCACACACCAAGACUGAAAACGCACUGCCGUCUUCCAAACUAUCUCCUAAAAUUAACUUUAACCUAUCUUUCGGAAUCAAAACCUCGCCACCAAAAUCCUCUCCUCCUACCGUUUCAACUCAGAAAUCGACAGAAAGGAGAAGAAGUUCUGAAACUGCCACUAAGCCUAGCUGUAUACCUCUUUCCAAGAAACCUGUUGAAAAACAAACAAGAACUUCCAUAUCACCGAUAAAACAAGAACCCAAAAAAGAUAAGACGUUGAAAGUUGAAAAUAAAUCAAAGGCGGAGCCAUUGAGACGCAAGUCCUUAAGUAAAAGCCCGGAGAAGGCAAAAAGUGAUACCGAAAGUAAUCGUAACGAUAGAAGACAUCGAGCUCAAAAAGAAUAUGAAAGUCUUAGUGAAAAAUAUCAUAAUUCAAAGAAAAGACUGACUAGUUUAGAGAAUAAAUCUUCAGGAGACACGAAUGUUGCUAAAAACGCAUCUUCUAGAAAGAAUAUAUUAAAUGACAAUUUACAAGUUGCUAAGCCUGAGGCGAAAGUCGGAACUAGCCUAGAAAAUUGCAAAGAUUCUACGAAAAUGUCGACUCUACAUGAAACUAUGAUACCACACACUAGUAGCUCUAGACUUUCGCAGGAGAUGGAUAGCUUAGCUGCGUUGACUAAACAAACUUUAGAUAGGGUUAACAAAUUAUCGAAUAACUUAAAUAGUAAUAAAAUAAAUUUAGACUCGUCUGAGCCACGUUUUGACACAGCGUUAUUUGCAUCGACUUCUGAACACAAAACUAAUGGUCAUGCUUUCACUUUUGGUCUUACUAACGAGAAACCAACACAGAAGAGAGGUGUAACUGAAAGGUUGAGGGACAUUGACACGGCAGCUCAGAGGUUGAUCGACUUUGAAAAACAAAGUGCAAUGUUUUCUGAUCUCAAUAAUGAUACUUCUAGUCAAUUUCGCCGUCUUGAUGCAACGUCGACGUCCUGUAAUCAUACACCUGUGUCUAUUUUGAAACGAAAAUCUAUCAAUGAAGACAGUGCAAUUAAUAAUGCUUCUAAUCACACGAUUGCUUCUCCACCGGUCACAUUUUCUCCGAGCGUUAUCGAACCACGUCAAUGUCGCUCUGACCGCCAACGACAAGGGAUAUUGAAGAAGCGUCGCAGCUUAGAUGAAUCUCAGGUCGCUAUGAGGCGAUCCUGCAGCCCAGAAGUAUCAUUCGCCGAAGACGGAUCACCGGAUACGAACAAACCAAUAUUAAAAAAUCGCAGAUCAUCUUUAGAAGAUGUUGUUAGAAACAGAUCACCUGAUGGACAAAUACAGGGAAUACUAAAGAGAAAAAUGAGCAGAGAAGAAGAACACGUUAACGAGGAUUUGUCUCACAGCUCCCCUGAACCGCAUGGCAUAUUGAAACGGAAAUCUAAUUCUAGUUCUAGUAGCAGCACAACGUCGUCUCACGUUUCAAUUGCUCAAGCAGUUUUAUUGGCAGCCGCUGGCGGCGCCGAGAUAGUUGAUGAUGACAAGGAAACUGUAAGACCAAUCUUAAAGAAAAAGAGUUUUUCUGAAGAGCGGCCAUGUGUCGAUAUACCUAUUUCCGACACACCCAGGCCUAUUUUGAAGAAAAAAUCGGUGGAACACGAAGAAUAUGACUUUGAACUUCCGAAAAAGCCAAUUUUGAAAUCAUGCAGAAAGUUGUCAGGUGAUGAGGGACACACUUCUAGUUUCGAUCUGAGCGAAGACGACAGAAGUUCUCGCCGGUCGUCACUCCUUAGGUCACGCACGUCAGACCAUUCUGGGUCGGAAUGUGAAGCUACUGUAAGGCCUAUUUUAAAGCAGAGAGGUUCGAGUCUCACUAGGGAACGUAGCCAAUCGCCGCGCCCACGGCUCUCAUUUUGUGCGGACAACGUUGCGAACAUCAGUGUCACGAAUUUCAGUCGCGAUGCGAACGACUUGUUGGCGGCUGGACCGCGACGCGUGUUGAAUCUCUCGCUAGAGCCGGAAGAGAGCGCUAAAAAUCCUUACCCGAGUGCUGUGCUGGGACGAAGAAACCUCCGACCGAAAACGAACCCUCGAUCUAAAAGCUUACUUGGAGAAGUCAACGAUGAACUGCUGUCGAUAUUAAACAAUCGCCGAUUAAAAGUCGAUGAAAAUAGUGAAAACGCACGUUUUGAUCUGUGGGAUCAAGAAAACUCUCAGGAAGUUGAAGGUAGUAAUCCUAAACCGUUUCCUUCAAUUGCCGCGCGUAUAAAAAGUAUGGAGCAGGCUCUUACCAAAGAGUUUUCUCCUAGAGACCAGCCUUCGACAUCAAGAUCAAAACAGCGCGACCGCGACCGUUACAAGACGCAGCCCAUCACUGUCGAAGAAAUGCGGUCUAUAACUUCUAGUUUGGAGCCGGGCCAAGCGAGUUUCCAAGUGUUCGGCCCCGCGGGCUGUAGUUUUCCGAGUCAGCCCGUCGAGUCCGGUGCUUCUCUGACGACCAGGAGCGCGGGAGAACCAGACCGGCCCUUUGCAAACUUCGCAACGCCACACUCGCCACCCUUCACCAGCUGCUUCAGCGUCCACAAUCCUACAACAUUCAACGGCUUCACCGACCCGGCCGUCAAGGACGACACCUUCGGCGAGGCCACUUUCCUAGACUUCGAAAACAUUGCUGCGAACCUCGAAAGAAAGCAGUCGACCUUGGAUGAGAUCGAGCAGGAAGUGAACAAAGUCCAAAUUGCAUUAGACGAGGACAGUCGCGCCUUGGAGAACUUGGAAGACGAGCGUCAGGAAGGUGACAAUUGGAGUCUGAACGUCUCUUGUGACAGUGGCGUGUAUAAUCGUGCAUCUUCCAGAGACUCUGGCCCGCAUUCAGGUGAAGAACUAGGCUUAAUCGAGAGCCAAGAGAUCAAAGAAAAUCACGCAACAAACAGCAGCAACGACUGGUCUCCAUCGUCCAUCGAGCAGGGCCUGAUCACGAUGGACAGACAGAGAAAGUCGACAGAGACUGAAGGGCAGAGCCCUGAGAGUGACGAUGAGAGGGAGCAGACCGGCUUUAACCUGGGGCUCGUUAAGAGCAACAGUGUUGUGGCCCGAGCAAGCAUGUGGCAGCAGCUGCAGCAGCAAGCGAAAGGUACCCCAAAACCGUUGAUCCGCCACAGCCGAUCCAAGAACGGCAUGGAUGGCUCCAUCUCGGAUCGGUACAAAACGCAGCCCAUCUCCUUCUCACCCACACAACCACCACCACCGGCCGAACCUCCGAAGGAACUGCCUUCUCUCUCUCAGUCCAAAAGCACCGCCAAUGUGUUGGACAGAGACGAAGAUGCUAAGUUAGACGAGGACGACCCAGCGAAGAUGUCACUCAUGGAGAAGAUGAAGAUGUUCAACUCGAAGCUGACCCACAAACCUCCCGUGGCCGGGUUACCUAGACCUAAGGAGGAAAGAGUACCCCGGACGUCGCGACUCAAGACUAUGCCAGUAUUAGCCAGCCAAGUUCAAGAGGCCAUGGAGCAAAACGAAAGACUGACGAAAUCUUUCACACACAAUGAGAUCCCGCGUAACCCAGACUUCGCGUUGAAAAUGGAACUGUUCAGAUCAGCGAGCGCCAAGAAUACGUCGCUAGAGUAUCUAAUGAGGCAGAACGCAAAGUUUAGGAGCUUAGAUCUCGACGACGACUCGCCAGCGGAGCGGGCCCAGAGAAUGAUCACCCCGGAAGUGAGGGGCAUCCUCAAGGCCGGGACGACCGUCGUGCCCAAAACUAAGACCUUGGCCAAAGGAGAAAGUUCGGAGGGUCUUAAGGAUGAAGGCAUCGACAGCUCCUCCGAUGACGAAUCGACCGCAUCCAGCGUAUCUUCAUCAGAAAAAAGCUGUUCGUCAUCAGAGAGCUCUGACGAGAUCCAUGGUCCCAAGCCCAGGCGGUUCCAGAGAAAAAACAACAAACUCAAAUCCUCCAGGACUGAUUCUGAUCUUACCAAGGUCCUUCAGGAGCCUUUCCCUAGAAAAAUAGUCCCAGCAAAUGACCCUAGAAAAAUACAACUACCAGGAGCCAAUGAACUUAAAGAGAGGUUAAGUCAGAUGAACACCGAAGCUAAACCACUACUUGGCAAACUUGGCCGAAAACCAUCCGUAGAAGUGAAAAGCGAAGACGAAAAACCAUACAGCAGAUUUGUAAAGAAAAUCGAAGAACCUAUACAGUUAGGUAAAUUAAGGAGGCCGGAAAAUAAAAUGACAAGUCCGUUAAAGAUGGACCUGAAACCUCCGCAGGUGCUGAAGAUAUCGGCUUUGAAUCAGCAGGCGAAGAAUAAGUUCUUCGGGUUGGAGCCGAAGAAGGAGAAGAGUAUUGAUGAAUUGACGGCGGCGGUUAGGAAAUACAUUCCACCUGUGAGCAAGUCCAUGUCAGUGCACACCAUCGAGCUGACCGGCUCCGGGAGCGACGGCGAGAGCAGCGGCGGCAGAGAGGUCCGGCACAUCAACACCAGAGUGCGACAUAACAGGCUCGGCGGCGGCGUGCAGCGGAGCGCCACGCACGCCGAGAUGCCGCAUCGAGGAGGCACCAUCGCCGAAAGGCUCGCCGCUCUGCAAGCGGCGGGUGCCAACGACUGGCGCGCAAGAGUAUGCCGGCUCAGUCCCGAGAAGGAGGAUACCAAGGCCAUAGAGCGCGCCAAAAACAUGAUCAAUGACUCUCUAAGCGCUGCCGUUGAUGAGAAUAAGAAAGUGCCGAUAGAUGACGAGGUCGGAAACAACAUCCUUGCUGACAGGCGGAAUAAGCUUGAAACUGCUGCACAGGGAUGGCGCAAGCGCGUACCUCAAAGCGAUGCUUCCCUAUUCACGGUAGCGGGACGCCUAGAGCGCGACAAAGUUACCACGACUCCGCCGCUCACGCCACCUCCCGUCUCCACCCCAGCGCCGAUGACGCCAUCAUCACCGGGCAUACCUAUUGCCAACAAAUUCAGAUCUCGCAAGCAAGGCUCCCCGACCAACGGUUUCGUCUCGGGCCCGCUCCGCUCCGCGUCGUGCGCGGUUGUGUGCCCCGAUAAGCAGCCGAAGGAGGAAGCCCGGAAACCCGACCGGGAGUCCUUCAAGCGCAGUCACAGCGUCAGCGAAAGCAUAAGCAGCCGACUUGAUGAGAAAGACGAAUCGCCCGGCGCCGAAAAGUCCGGAUGCCCAGUGCGAGUGCCGCGCGCCGACGAUGAGACCUUCCAGGCGUUCUUUACUCCAGUGAUGGAAAAAGAACGAACGGCCGACAACGGCGUGGACGUCGACCUCGACGCUAUCGAUAGCACCUCGCGGCAGAUGUUGGCCAACGACUGGGCGAGGCGAGCGAAAAGGGAACGCCGUCACGUCGCCUCCAGAAACCCAUUGAAAGCUCUCGCGGCCCGCACAGACUUGAGGGAGGAAUACUCUCCGCCACCCUCCACUAACAUCAGGGAUCAACUCAUCAAGGAGAAAGCAACGGCCAACUGCGGCUUAGCGGCCGAAGCGUUAGCGGCCCUGGCGACGAAGGAGGACUUCUCGAACGUGGCGCUUCGAAGCGCCUCCUCCACCGUCAUCCCCAGCCAGGGCACCAAGUCCGUCAUGCUGCUGCACGUCAAGGGUCGGAGGAGAGUGCAGACGAGAUUGGUGGAGCCCGUGCACACGAGCGUGAACCGUGGCGACUGCUUCGUCCUUAUCACGCCUGACCAGCUGUUCCUCUACAUUGGACAAUAUGCCAAUGUCAUUGAGAGGAAUCGUAGUACCGACGUGGCCCAACACAUCCAGAACACCAAAGACCUCGGCUGCAAGAACUCCCCCACCAUCAUCAAGAUAGACGAGCAGACCAAGAACUACUCCAACAAGCACUGGAACCAGUUCUGGUCGCUCCUCGGCGUGACCGAGGGUGUCGAGGACUACACACCUGUCGAGACAGGACACCCCGAUGAGGACGAAAUAUUCGAGUCCUGCAUCGUACAAACCAACAUGUGCUAUGAGGUUAUGGACGAUGAAUUAAUACCUAUUAAGGAAUACUGGGGCCAGAUGCCGAAGAUAGCUAUGCUGAAUCAAUCAAAAACUAUUGUGUUCGAUUUUGGAUCAGAAAUGUAUAUUUGGUACGGCAAAAAUGUCUCGUUAGAAAGCCGGAGGCGCGCUGCUCAACUUGCCCAAGAGUUGUUCGACGAGGGUUACAAUUAUGAAGAAUGCCAUAUCAAUCCUUUAAACGCUGCUACAUAUCAAGGUGCUAGAGAAGAUAGGAGUAGUCCAGAGAAAACGUCGAAAGUCAGACCGGAAUGGUCAAUCAUGUCCAAAGUCACUCAACACAUGGAAACUAUACUGUUCAAAGAGAAAUUCCUCGAUUGGCCCGAUUAUACCAGAGUCAUCCAAGUGAAGCCCCAAGAGAACAAAUCGAAUAGCAUAGAAAUAACUCCAUGCGACGCCGAAGAAAUGUGGUCGAAUGAGUACCAGGAUCCAGAUCUCACUUUAGAAGGAUCCCACGUCGGCCGCGGCACGCAGUACUACGAUAAGGAAAACAUGAGACAUUACGAAAUCAAAACCAAAUCCGUCUCGAAAUGGCUUAUUCAAGAUAACGAUUACCAGAAAGUUGAGAGUCAUGCCGAAAUCGGCGAUUUUUUCUCGGGAGACAGUUAUAUUAUCAGAUGGGAGUACCAGAUCACCGUUUCUGGUAGGGAACUUAAUGGGAAACCGUCGAAACAUGCCGUGACCGGGAGAGAUCGCUGCGCUUAUUUCUGCUGGCAGGGUAAAGAUGCGUCAUCCAACGAAAAGGGAGCCGCCGCGCUGCUUACAGUAGAAUUAGACAAAGAAAAGGGACCUCAAGUGAGGGUAGCUCAGGGCAACGAGCCGCCGGCGUUCCUAAAUCUUUUCCAAGGAAAUCUAGUAGUCCAUCAAGGAAAGAAAAACACCGAUAAAAACAGAUUCAAGCUUUUCGUAACACGAGGAAACCUCUCCAACGAAGCUUAUUUACUUCAGGUUCCCUGCUCAGUCCGACAGCUCCGCAGUCGAGGCUCUGUACUUCUCGUCGACACAGAAAAAGGCCGCCUCUACAUCUGGCACGGGUCCCGCAGCCUCAAACACACCAAGAGCAUAGCUAUCGAAUUAGCCAACAAGCUGAUCGCGAGAAAAUCUAGUUACCUCUUCGGUGCUAACGUAUCUAAUGUUAUUAUCACUGAGGUUAAAGAGAGCGAGGAGCCGAAAGAGGUGUUAGAAGCGCUGGGCGUAGCGAACAAGCAGUACUAUAAUUCGGUGCUAAGUGGGGGGAAGGAGUCGGGCGGGGACGUGACCCCCAGACUGUUCCACUUCACGGACCUGGGCGGGCAGUUCGAGGCGCACGAGGUGCUGUCGCCGCUGCGGCACGAGCGGCUGGUGACACCCUUCCCUUUUGAACAAAAGGAGUUGUAUUCGGCGUCGCAACCAGCUCUAUUCCUGAUGGACGACGGUGCGUCGGUGUGGCUGUGGCAGGGCUGGUGGCCGCGCGGGGAGGACGGGGAACUGGAACCCGCGGAGCGGAAUACUGGCGUAGGAGCAUUCGCGCUGCGUUGGCAAGCACUCCGCGCGGCGGCCCUGCGCAGCGCCGAGGCCUACUGGGCGGCCUCGCGCCGCACGAGGCCGGACGUCAAGGUCGUGGCCGCCGGCCUCGAGCCGCAGCCCUUCACCGACCUCUUCGACACCUGGGCCGAGCACGAUGACGCCGCCGAGUCCAACAUCGCGCACGGCUACAAGGCGGGCGAGGCGCUGCGCGGCGCGGGCGAGCUGUCGCGGCUCACGUCGCGCGCGGCCGAGCUGCCUCUGGCCGCGCUGCAGCGCCGCCCGCUGCCCGACCACGUGGACCCGCAUCAUCUCGAGAAGCAUCUGUCGACGCCUGAUUUUUUGGAGGCUUUCGGCGUGACCAAAGAAGAGUUCGCGGUGCUGCCGGCGUGGAAGCAGACCAACAUGAAGAAGGACGUCGGUCUGUUUUGACCCGGCGGCGCGCGCGCCGGCUGAUGCCGUCCCGGACCGGACCCGGACCGGACCCCAGACCCUUACCGGACCCCGGACCCGGACCGGACACCGGACCCGGACGACCAGCCGGACCUAAAUUAACCGCGGCGGUCACCUAUCAUACUUUCGAAAUUUUUUGUCGGAAGCUAAACUUUCAGAAGGAUUACAAAUCGUAUGUAUUGCCUUCUACACCUUAAAUUUUUUUUAAUGUUAUCAUUGGAGAAAGAUAUUUCGAAAUAUGGAUAGGUUGCCGAUCGCAAUAGUCUAGUAAUUUUGUACAUCCACAGUUAUUUCGUACUUUUCUACUUGUACCGAAUAUCGUUGAAGGAUUUGAUACAAUAAUCGUAAAGGCACGCUUUAAGUCUAUAGUUCCGAGUGUCGUAAUUUUAUACUAACGGAAUGAAAACUAUGUAUUCUGUCUCGUGAUAUUUUGAUGUAACCGCCGUAGACCGUAGUACUUAGGUUUGAAACACGGAUUUGUAUCGGAAUUGCUUAGCGGCCGAUGUCGUGGCCUCUUCGUGUAAAUAAUUGUUUUAUUCCAUAUUUAUUUUUAAAUUUUGUUUAAUUUUAUGAAUUAUUAAAAACGCAAUAUUCACUUUUUUUAUUUUAUAUGAAUUUGUAAUUAAUUAACAAUAUUUUUAAUCGGAUUCCUUAAUUAUUGUUAUGUUUAACCGCCGACGAGAGAUGGCAUCGAAUUGUUAGCAGUGAUAUUUACGAUAAGAUAGCGUUGUGUCAGUGCGUUUUGCCAAAGAGUUUGAGCUCGGACGACGGUCUGAACCACGAGGCGGUUUUCUGGUCAAGUAUGGUUAUCGGUUAUAAAUCGCUAGGUAUACAAUGUAUUUCUACUACUAUUAUACGCUUUAGGGUAGGGUCCUGCGUCGACGGAGGCGCGGCUAUUCGGCAUUGUGAUAUUAACUUGUAUACCGUUGAUUCGCCUGCGAAUUGUUUUGAUAAUUCGGUACGCGCCUCCGCCCCUGCAGGUUAUAUUUUAAUACAUCACAUAUCUAAUCUACUCAUUAGCUACUCUUUUAUACCGUGCUGUUAGGUGGACCAUUGUAAACCGUUUUAAUAUUACUAAUCUUAUAACGUUCCCUUAAUUUCCGUGCUUUUGGCUUAGCUUGUAGUGAACUGACUAUACUCGUCCUACAUUGACGUAGCCUGUGACUAUCUGUUGCCAAAAAGCGCGAAAUGAAACGAAUUUGACUAAAUUUUGUCUUUCGAACGAUUAAGGUUUGUACUUUAAUUUUAACGCUGUUGCUAUGUUGUGUACAAUUUUAGAAGUUUAUUUUUUAUAUCUAGCUUUAUUACGUACGUAAAUGUAUUUUUAAAUGGUGAACCAUCUGAGCGACUUGUGAUAUUUACUGGGUCUCGACUGAAAAAUAUGCCAGUAUUUGUAAUGAAGUCGGUUUCUGCCAAUGAGUAGAAUAACUCUAAUGAUCGAGUCAUACUUUAAUGAACUAUUUGGAUCUACGGAAUAAUCUGUCGCCAUGUAAUGUCAGAUGCAUUUACGGCCGGUACUCUGCGGGCCUACCGUGACAUAUAGACGUAUCUCUCAAAUCCAAUGUUUAAUGUUUUGCUUUGGUUGUGUUACUUAUAAUAUUAUUAUUGUAUUUGAGAUUUAUUUUGUAUAAUAAUGGUGUAAUAAAUUGAUAAAAUUGA